CGAGCCGGCGGGCGGGCGGGCGGGCGCAAUCGGACCUGGGGAGGCAAAGGAAGUUCCGGAGAGCUGUAGUUCCUUUUCGCCUCCCCAUUUUCCCUCCUGAUUUGGGUUUGGUCUGCUGCGUCGAUUAGUCCGGCGACCGAAUCCCGCAACAAUCCCAUUCGCCGAGGGAUCGAGCAAGCCAGGCGUGGAUCGUAGGCGGUAGUCCGUUCCUGCCCCUGCUCCUCCUUCGCCUGCUCUUGCCGCGGUCUCCCCUCCGGCCGAUUUGGAGCCGACAGAUCAUUAAAUUUUCCUUGUCAUACAUUCCCAACCUUGAUAUAAAGACCUCCUACAUUCAGAAGCCUGUGUUUUGGAAGGAUAUUUCACAAUGAAGCCCAGUCAGUUGAUUCUAUCCAAUCUUGAUAUAGACAGGGGAUACCCAUACAAGUUCCAACCAGAGUUUCCAAUGUCUCAUGAUCUUGGAUUGAAUUUGUUUUCACAAGCUGGUACAGUGCUGGGUACUUCUUUAAGACAUCAUAGGAAGAUUUGUUCUUCAGGAAAUGUAAUGGUCCAUGGAGCUUUCAAUCGCCUCAACAAGCUUUCCCGAGCUCUCUAUUUCUGGCUUUCUAGACCAUCUGAUCCUAAGAGUUUGCGCUGGCUGGCAGCUGUAGCAGCGACCAGUUCUAGAUCUUGUCAGUUGCGUUUCAACCAAAUGGGUUCUCACAUGCAGAAGUUGACUAGACUGCAGUUCAGCUUUCUAGUGAGACAAGAGCAAGCAAUACAACUAAUUUUAGCUAGGCUUGCAAGUGGAACGAUUGGGCGACUAUUGAAUGAGCAGCAACAUGCCUCCAAUCUUCUUACUCUAGCCGGCGCUGCUGCUAUCGUACCACCACUUGAAAAUAUAUCUCCAAUGAUGCUUGCCGAGUCAAUCGCAUCGCGAAAUAUUGAUAGUGAUAUCCGAAGACUUGUUGAUCAGCCUUAUGUAGAAGGAAAAGGCCUAAGUUGUGCUUGCCCUUCUGUGCCUAGUACUAUAUUUCAAGAAGAUCCAAUUGAACCAAAAACUGGAAUCAAAUUCCCAGCAUUUCUGGAAGAUGACUCCAGUCCAUCUGCAGCGGUCCUUGUUGGGAUAGGUUUCAAAGGCAUGAGAGUAAUGAGGGUCAAAAAUCUGAACCUGUAUGCUUUUGGUUUAUAUAUGCAACCGACUUCUAUCCAGGAGAAGCUGGGUCCUAAGUAUGCUUCAUUUCCAACGGACAAGCUGAUGGACAACCCUGAUUUCUAUAGCGAUCUUCUCAGGGAAAACCUUGAUAUGAGGGUUAGGUUGGUGGUUAACUACAAUGGCCUUAGCGUUGGUGCAGUGCGAGACGUGUUUGAGAAGUCCCUUGGCCUGCGUCUGCAGAAGAUAAAUCCUAACACUGACUUUCACUGCUUGAAGACCUUUGGUUCUCACUUCACAGAAGAUAUCGCCAUACCUUCGGGUACAAAGAUUGACUUCUGUCAAACAUCAGAUGGGAAACUAAUAACAGAAAUUGAUGGGAAACAAAUCGGUGCUGUUCAGAGCAAAGAUCUUUGCAAGGCUUUCUUCGACAUGUAUAUUGGUGAUUCACCGAUUUCAAUGGAGGCCAAAAAAGUUGUUGCCCAGAACGUGGCCGGACUCAUUGGAAGACGCUGAGGAAAGGGAAAGAUGAUUAUUUCAUUCUUCUGUACAGUUAGGGAGGAUUCGUAUGAGCGGGAAAAUAGGCGAGAAUCAUUGCAAGUAUAUAGAGUGAUCUGUGUCUUGUAAAGAAAGCAGGCAAAAGCUCCAAUGUAUAUGUGGAAGAUAGCAUCUUCAGUUGUGCUAGGCCCCCCCAUUCUUUUUUUUUGUUUGGAUUGGAUGGGCCUUUUGCCUCUUCGUAGCUGCUGUAUCAUGUAAAUGCUCCCAUUGAGCCAGGAGUUGUAAAAUAUUAAAUUGAAUAUGCUUCUUCCAUAAAAUGAUGCACACCUUUAAAUCUUUGUUGCA